UGUUGAGUGGGACAUUUGUGUAUUUGAGCUUAGGAAUAGAAGUAGAGGGAACUAGUGAAGAGAUAAAGAAGACGGAGGCGGUUUGGAGUAUGACUUCUUGCACCUCUUUUGCAUCCUUUCUCAUUUCUUCUUCUUCAUUUCCUUCAUUGUGCUUCGCGCAAACCCACUCAAUCACAUGUAAACAACGCUUCCCAUUUCCUUCUGUAAAGGGAAGAAGAAAGUUCUCAACUUUACCAUUUUCAUCCACCAAAAGGCUCGUUACAAGAGCCGCUGAGUACAAAUUCCCAGACCCUAUUCCCGAAUUUGCAGAUGCCGAGACUCAAAAAUUCAAAAGCCACCUUCUCAAAAAGCUUUCAAAGAAAGAUAUGUAUGGAGAAUCAAUUGAGGAAGUUGUAGGAAUUUGCACUGAGAUUUUCAGCACUUUCUUACACUCCGAGUAUGGAGGUCCUGGUACACUCUUGGUCCUUCCUUUCGUUGACAUGGCCGAUGCCCUAAAUGAACAAGGAUUGCCUGGUGGGCCACAAGCUGCACGUGCUGCGAUCAAGUGGGCUCAAGAUCAUGUUGACAAAGACUGGAAAGAAUGGACUAAUGGUGAUAACAACAAAAAAUAGGGUACCUCUUGUAUGUUAUUUAGUCGUUAUAACUGGUGCUUAUGUUGUAAGAGACCUAAAUGAUCGGUUUUGAUAUCUAUUUCUUAAGUGCCCGUUCGGUUUAGUAUUUGGAUAGAGUUGGAUAGAAUUGAUUUUGAAAGAGUUAAGAGAAAUUAUAUUGGAACGUGUAUUUUUUUAUUGAAAAAGUGCAAAAGUUAAUUGUCUUA